AUGAAAAAUUAAAUCCAAGAAAUUCUUAAGCAGGUGGAUCUUUUUGGUUAAUCAAUUAGCUUGAGUUUUCGAUAAAGAGAAAAGUAUUAAACAAGUUUUGGAGGGUUUUUGUCUAUGUGCAUGAUUGGUACAAUUAUUAGUUUCUUUUACUCGAACAUCAUCAGCUUUUUUGACAUGACAACAGUGACUUCAAAUGAUUCAUUAGUUUUUGAAAAUGAUCCAUAAUCUCUUAUAUUAGAUCCAUCAACAUUUAUGUUUGCUAUAUAAAUUGAGUAAGAAGACUUCAUUAAUAAUCCAUUUUUUAAUGUCACUCUAGAACAACGUCAUUACUAGAGAUAUGAUAACGGAACAUUUUAUAAAUAUCCAUCAUAAUUUAUAGACUUAAUAUAAUGCACAUAAAGUCAUUUCUCAUAUAUAUUUGAUAGAUACAAUAUAAAUUUUGAAGAGCAAUUCAAUAAGUUAAAUUUAUCUAAUUUUUUGUGUCCAAAUUUAAACAAUGCAAACUCUUUGAAUAUGACUGUUGGAGGUAAAUGGUCAAGUAAAUUAUAAUUAAUUAUUUGUUUAGGUACUGAUUACUACUUUUUAAAGUUUUCAGUUAGGAAUUGCAUAAACAAUUCUGAAAGUACUUUAUCUUGGAAACCCAUUUGUAAAUCUCCUGAAUAAAUUAAUAAAAGUGUUUAAUCAUAAGGAAGUUUUAGGUUUUAGAUAUACCAAACUAAUUAUGUAAAACUAUAAUUAAAAAUAAGCUCAUCAAUCCAUAAAAAGCAAGAGAUUAUAUACAACCGUUUCUGUCGACUGAUACCUUUUAUUCAUUUGUUCCAAAUACGAUGUUUAUUUAAUCUGAUAUUUUUUUUCGUUCCAAAGAAAUAAACUCUGAUAGAGGCAUCUUAAUGUAUCCUGAUAUUGAAAAAGAAACGUUCCCUUACAGAGAAUAUGGAGAUUAAAGAGAGUAAAUUUCUGUUAAUGCUUAAACUCAAAAUUAACAUGGAGCUUUUUAUUUUAAUAGAAGUCCUUACAAAUAUAUGGUUCAAAGAGAUUUUAUGAGAUUAGAUGAAUUAUUAAGUUAUCUAGGAGGAUUUAGUUAGUUUAUGAUUGUAAUUGUAGGAAUCUUUGUAUCCAUUUAUAAUCGUGAACAUUUAAAAAUUUCUAUGGCUAACGAUCUUUAUGAAUUUGAAAUGAAUUAAAAUAAAACCAAUUAAAAUUCUAUUCAUCUAUCAAAUAUCAUAACUAAAGCUUAGUAAAGAAUAAUAAUGUAGAGAAAAACAUCAAAUAGAAAAAUUGAAUCUAUAGGUCAAUCUCCAGAUAUUCGCCUAAAUUUAGAUAAAUAAAAUGUAAUAACUCUUUAUUAUAAAUAGGAAGGAGUUGAAGAUGAAUAAGGUGAUAAUCAAAUAACUCAAAAGAAAAUCCUUCAUACAAAUUAAACAGUUCCUGAUAAACCUAUGAUAUCUUAAAUGAAAAAUUAAAUAUCUAAAUUCUUCGAUCAAUUUUGUUUCUAUAUGAAAAAAAAACAUAAAGUAAAGAUUAGUCUAAGAAUGUUAAUUGGUUCAUUCUUACCAUUUGAUUGUUUGAAAAAUGAUGAUGGAAUUGUUGUAGAGAAGGCUAUGUAUAUUCUAAAUUUAAUUUUUAGUAAUCAAGUUAAUAAAGAAUUAGAUAUAGAGUAUAUACUUAAAUAAUUACAUGAAAUAUAGAAAUUUAAAAAAAUCCUACUAGAUAGUAAUCAAAUUGGUAUUUUCAAUUUCAGUUAAAAACCUGUUAUUGCCUUAUACUAAGAUUCAUAAAUGAGAAGGAGAACAAGGUAUUUCUAUUAAUAAUAAACUAGAAUUAUUGUUGGAGAUAUUAAUGCAAAUUCUGAAGAUAUUGCAUUAUAUAAGUAGUUUACUGAUUUAGUGAAUUCUUAUUAAGCUAUUUAGAAACAAGAUACAAAUGUAGAAUUUCAGUUAUUGACUUUGAAUUAAAGAUUAUUGUAAUUAUUAGGUUCAGAUUUGUCCUAAAUAUUAGAAAAUGAAAUAGCUUUAAAAUAAGAAAGGAUUUCUUGCGAUGAUUUUAAUCAAUUCGCAUCUUAGUAAGUAUGA